AUUAAAUUUUAUUAUAAUUAAAGGGUUCGCCCUUCUUUCGCCUAGUCGCUAGAAGACGCUAUCAUACGCCCAAAGCCGGCGUACGGCAAGAAGAAAUGCAAUGCGCUAGAGAUGGCGUUCGUUUUUCCCGUACGUUUCCCUUAGCCAGAUGGUUGUGUGCCCCUCGCCACUCUUCCACCAAUCUCUUCGUUGGAGGGCUUUCCUAUGACACCAAUGAAGCCGUUCUAAAGGAUGCUUUUGGACAACAUGGUGAGAUAAUUGAAGCUAAAGUUAUAUGUGAUCACGUGAGUGGGAGAUCAAAAGGAUAUGGGUUUGUGCGGUUCACUUCUGAAACUGCAGCCACCACAGCUCUAAAUGAAAUGGAUGGUCAGUCAUUAGAUGGCAGAAAUAUUCGAGUGCACUAUGCACACCGGGGAUGAAUGCAUAAAUUUCAGGCAUUCACUUGAUGAAGUUGUAAACAAUGGUACCUGAAGAAUAGGUCAUCUUUUAUGCCUUUGAAUUGGAAAAAUUGAGUCAAAGGUUACUGUUUCUUUCUAAAUAUCAAUCAGCUCUCAUUAUUUGUUUUGCCACUUCUCACCAUCUCAUGUUUUUAAAGUUUCACUUCUCAACAUCUCAUCUAGGAGUCACACCUGUCAGAAAAUGUGAUUCACCUACUCAAUGUUGUAUUUCAUUCUAAUUGAAGUAUGAUUUUUUUUUUUGCCUAGCUCCAAGAGUCGGCCACACUUCUAUGGCCAUUUUUUUUAACGUUAUUAGGGUGAGAUCUUGGGAGUUAAUGAUGUAUCAUGUUCUUCACAUAUUUCCGCACCUGCCAUGCAUUAUGUGUUCACCUUGGUGAUAAUGUUUGAUGUAAGAGAAUCUUAUCAUUGUUGUCGUCAUUUUUGUUGGCUCUGGUCGUUGGAAAGGAGAUAGGAGCGUAUUAUCGUAAAUGUCAUUUAGUUUGCCUUAUGCGUGUAUCUAUAUGUAGGUAAGCAGUUAGCAUCCCGCCAUCUCAUGGUUGCAUCUCCAAGGCUCGAUCUGUGUCAACAGGAAAUGAUAAACCGGAUGCUAUUAAAGGUUGUGUUGAUAGAUUUUUCAAUGUUGCAUGCUGUUGAGUCCUCAGCAUGUUACAAAGUCUUGACCAAGCUGUUUCCAAAAGGCAGUAUACUUUCAGAAAAAAAGGAUGAUGAUUUUCUUUCAUUUCUUGAGGAUUGUAUAGUUGGGUCAAGUUCCCUGUUCCCCCUGUUUCCCGUCCCUUUUCUAAUAAUUCCUAAAGAUUGCAUCGGAAACAAUUUUUGAAAGAGUAUCCAACUCAAGGGAUGAAUUAAAAAAAAAUUAGUAGAAAGAAAGGAAAGGGCAAAACAACUUUUUAUCAGAAAGUUAGAAAGGGUUCGGACAUCAAGCAGGAAUGAUUUGGAAGUUGCAGAAUGAUUUAUUAUAGUAGUUUUUUCCCCUCUAAAGUACAAAUCCAAAUUCUUUUUUAGGUGAGGGUUUGAGCGAAGCUCAAGGUUUCUUUGGGGCUUUAAGAUUAUAGAAGUACUGCAUGCUUUUCCGAGGUUAAGCAUUUUCCAUUUCUACCAUAUUUAUUGUAGAGUCACUUUUUGCUUAUUUGAGCAGGGAGAGUGGAGGUGCAGGCAAUUAGAGUGGUGUUAGGAGCAAGUGGGUCUAUAUGUAGUUAACUGAUGUAUUCCUUCUGAAAUUAAGCGAGAUUUUUGUUAUGAUCA